ACGCCCGACAUCAACCUCGCCCGCGGUCCCCCGUGUGCCGCGACGCGUAUAAUAGAGGAUAUGCGAUGGAAGUGGAGCAGUCUUACUUUACCACGCGUCUCUGAAGUGUUCGCGGAUCACACAGAGACGUAUCACAGCCAAGGAGAACACCUGCCGCUAUUGACCGGAGUACCUGACGGGUGCGAAAUUUCAUUCGAAGGAUAAUAAAAGUGCGAAAGUGUAUACGGGGGUACGAGUGAUACCGAGUACAAGAUAAAUAGUUACAGUAAACAAACUUUUAAUUCGUCUACGACCCUUUUUGUUUUGUUGUUGUCUUUUUUCACUUCCUCCGAGUCAAUUCGACCCGAGCCAAGAUGCGGUGGCCAAUUAGCUGGAGUCUCUUCGCGUUUUUGGCGAUAGUUUUAUCGCCUUCGCAAAGAGUCGAUGCCUGCAGCUGUCAGUAUACCCAUCCCCAGACGCAGUUCUGUCGCGCUGAAUUCGUUGUUCUGGUGAGAGUGAUGAAGCACAUCCCGGGAGGAAGUUACGAGAGCGCUUACAGAGUGAAGGUUCAUAAGAAGUUCAAAUUGAGCGAAGCCGCGGAACAUGCGCUGAAGGAUGGGUACAUUUUCACCGCAUCCAGCGACGGAAUGUGCGGAGUGAGUCUACAACGUGGAUGGACUUACGUCGUCAGUGGACAAGUAAUCGAAGGGAAGCCCCGAAUCAACCUGUGUGGAUUGGCGAUGCCUUGGCCCCAGGUUUCGGCGCGACAACGUAAAGGAUUCAGAAUGCUUUACCACCACAAUUGCGUUUGCAACAUUCAAUUCACGCCGUGGUAUCACAAGGGGUCCGCCCUGGAUAGCGUGGCGGGAAAACGAUGCCUGUGGGAAAGCUCCCCCGGGCCUCAGGACUGCCAGGAACAGCACGGUCUUUGUAUGAAAGGACCAGCAGGGUGUUCUUGGUUCCCAUCGGUCGCCUACAAAAAUUGCAUCAAAGAAUUCCAACGCAAACGUGAACAACAACGGACAAGAAAACCCUGAUCGCUUCGAUCAUCCCGCUGCACGUGUGAACUAACGAUUAACCAUUACGCAGUUUUCACGAAUCGGUAGUUUUUUCUCAUUUUUUUUUUUUUUCUAUUUUUUGUUUGUAUUUCAUUUUUUUUUUUUUUUUUUUUUUUUUUUUUGCGUUAAUUCAUAUGAUUCUUUCACGGCCGCAUUUCAUCCCAAAAUUUGAGGAAAAUUCAUCGACCCGACGCCGCACACUAACGGUAGAAAAAAGAAAUCUUUGAUUCAAGCGAGUCUUUUAUAUUUUCAAGAGUAAUUCAUGUACGACGAACUGAAUAGGAUUUCGAGUGGUGUCUAUGCGCGAUGCGAUCGAAUGAACCGUAAGCUCCGACUGACCGUCAGCCCUCGGGCUGAUAAUUGACGUAACCCUCGACGACGGAGUCAUUUACGAUUUGAAUUGAGCUGAUUGGACGUUCCUCCGGUCAAAUCGAUGUGUAUAUUUCUGUUUGGGAUGGACCACGGACGUAGGCAUGAUCACACGAUCGCAGGAUUAAGUGGUGUAUUUCAAUAUGAAAAAGAGAACGACCGAAACUCGAGUCGUUUCGGUUUCGAUUAUGUGUUGGAAAUACCAGAAACGUAAGGUUUGGCCAUGCGGUGUCCACUACGUGUUGUAAAUAUUGAAUAAGCUUAUUGUAUAUUGUGUAACGUUAAAUUAUUGUCUCUACUCUAUAACCCCGUAGUAUACAUAUUUUUAGAAUGGUAAACUUAAGAUACACCUACUUUGCGUGCUUCUAUAUGAAUAUUGUGCCUGAAUUUUUUUUCUAACUCAUCUUCGAAGAGAAUUUGCUGCUCUUUCCCGGUUUUUCUUCAUUUCCUUCAUAUUCUCACGAUUGGGACUGUAGCAUCAUCCCACCGUUAGCCACGUGGAACGUGACUAAUGAGUUGGAUUAAAUUUAGUACAAAAUACUAAUACCAAUAGUUAGUAUUUAAUGAUUGAAAAAUAAUAAUUUCCGACGUUUCUCGUUCAAUAUGGUUUAGGAUAAAUACGUGUGCGCUCAAAGGGUUGGUUUCGCAAUUUGUUCAAUUUAUCCGAUCACCUACAAACAUUUCCCCAUUUUACGAGGCUCAAAAUUAAUUACACCUGUCGCGAAGAUGAGGUAACCGUUAAUCCUUUGUUCGGGGUGAUCACCGAUAUUGGAAUUUCAUUCGGAAAAAAAUGUUAUCGCUAUCGGUUAGCAAAAAUUUUCACAAAUUAUUAAUCAAUCCUUUGAUUUUUAUAAUAGAUAUAACUAUUUCAGUAUUCAUUACUUGUUUCAUUUUUCUAUUUGUAUAUCUGAAUAAAAAAUAUACGACUGCUUGAAUAAUUGUAUCCAUCUGAAGAAUGAUUUGCUGCAGCUACCAGAUGAAAGGUGUUUCAGAAAAAAGCAAUAUUGUAAGGACUUAACACCGUAAAAAAAAAACUGAGCAUUGAUUACCAUCCCAUACUAAUCGAUAAAAACUGAAAUAGUUACAUAUAAUUUAAGCUAUAUUAUCAUAUUUAUAAACCCAUAGAUAAUUAAGUUUGAUCUAAGAAGCAUAUGUACUCUGAGCACUGAUACAGAACUUUAAGAAAAAAGUAUUGUAAUAAAUAAAAUAGAUUCGAAUAUCUA